AAUAGAGGAGUUGAGCCGUUGGGGGUGUGUAUCUGACUGAUCCUGUCACCCUCCGCAACCGCCCUACCAACGAACGCUUACAAUCAUGGAGAUUCAAAGGUGUAAAAGAAGAUCCUGCCGUCAUUAAGGAAUUGGCAAGAUGGCAGAGAACCAGAUUAGAGCUUCACUUGAAGACCUAACGAUGCCUUAUGUGUGAAGAGAAUGGGAGGAAGUGGAUCCAAAGCCAAAGGCGCCUGGCCUUUCUCGGGGAGUGGGGCAGGAGGUGACUCUGCCAGUAAUGGCAACGAGCAGUCGGUGGCCCGCCUCAAAUGUCCCAGGAACGCAACACCCUUUGUUUUUACCAGGAGGAGCUCGCUGUACUACGACGAGGACGGCGACCUUGCCCACGAAUUCUUCGAGGAGACAGUGGUGACAAAAAACGGGCGGAAAAAGUCCAAGUUGAAGAGGAUUCAAAAGAAUCUUAUUCCACAGGGGAUUGUGAAACUGCAGCAUCCCUGUAUUCACGUAGACUUCCCCAUCGUCCUCUGUGAGGUGUGAAGGGUUUUUAUUUUCCUAUGAAGAACUGACGCUAACUCCUCCUUUUGACCGAAAAGAGGUCAGACCCGACUGAGUGUGCUGGUCAAAACAUGAACUGUGGUCUGGAGAAAGAAAAAGGCCACUACAAAGAGACAUAUCAGUGUUUUGUCAUUCACAUACAGGUAAUACAGAUGUUCACUGCCUAGCCGAUAUGUAAACAGACUUUAAAGAGGACAUAUGGUAAAUUGACGUUUUAAUGGCUUGUUUACAAGUCUGAAGUACCUGCCCCCUAUGAAGUGUGAAAUUACACAACCAAGUCAAUGUAUUUGUGAGAUGCCUGUUUCUGUAAGUGUUCUGAAAUUUGGCAGAUUGUGAUGUCACAAGCUGGCAAAUUUACAUAAUACCACCCCCACGCUGAGUUUCUCUGCCCAUGACUAGGCAGUUCGAUUAUGUGAAGCUCUGCGAUUUCCAAGCAGUUCCGAUGGAAGCACUAUCAUGUCAAAGCCAAAAGCUAAGCAGAGCUGCCGCGUUACCAGCGUGUAAUUUGGCUUGUUGAUGGCGAAGUGCUACCCCCAAAAGUGAAAAUACAGAAUUUUUAUGAGUGCUCGAUUUGUUUUAUUUGCAACCCCCAAUCUCCUCACUCUUCUUCAUCAUGACGAAAGCCGUACUCUGCAUUCAGUAAAAGCACUUGCUCAUUUGCAUGGGACAGGACCGCCCUAUCAAAACAGGCUAAUUUCAGAGGAUCAAAAAGUGGCUGAAAGUUAUGCUGUAAUUUGUUGAUUCUUUGAGUAUUUUGACAAAAGCUUGUCACAAACAUCUUAAGACCACUGGGGAAAAAGGCAUAUCUUUCCUUUGAAAACAACACCUCAAACUAUGGCGUACUUCUCACAUGAGGUGUUAUUUAUGAAAAGAAAUACAAAGGAGUGUUCGGGCCACACUGAAAAUAGGAAAGAAAUAAGUCAAAUUACGAGAAAAAAGCAGUGAAGUAAAGGCUGGAAUGGAUUAAUUACAUUUCUAUUUAUAUCAAUGGGGAAAGAUAAACUGAGAUACGAGUGUUUUGAGUUACAGGCAAGGUCAUAGAACAAAUUAAACUCGUAUCUCAAGGCACCAUUGUAGUUUGACUUUAUUUCAUAAAAUGACAACUUUUAAAUAAAGUAAAAAUACCAUUUUAUUCUUGUAUUACAUCUUUCAUUUUGUAAUAUUGGAACUUAUUGUAAUUAGCAUACCAUGUUAUUUACAUUUCAUCUAGUUGUUUAUUAUAAUCAAAAUUAUUAAAAUGUUUUCCUUUUAAAUUUAAUUUUUAAAUGUUUUCUCAUGCCAAAAUUUGUGGUAAUAGUACAAAUUUAUUUUCACAAGAUUAUUUUUGUUUUAAAAACUGUUCUAUUAGGACUCCUCACAAAAGUUAUUUUUAUUACAUUUUUUUCUUGUCGUUUAUGAUGUAAUUCUCAAAAGAUUAUAAUAUUCCUUUCUCUGAAUAUUUUGACUUCUCAUAGUACAUCUUUCUGCUUGUAAUAUUCCGACUUUUUUUCUUCUUUUCAGUGUGGCUCCAUAGUCGCUUAUACAAAACAGCAGUGGAAGUUAGUGUCUGCCUUUAGUGAGACGUACAGAGGUAGCAAGUGUCUUGGUGUGCGUACGCGUGUGUGUGCACGCGCAGUUUAUCUUUGAAUGAAUGAAUGUGUAUGUUUAUCAGCAGGACAGCGAGCGAUGUUUUAUCGUAAUAAACGUUCCAUAUGUGAGCCUUUCUCAGUCACGUGAGCUCAGACCUGCACUAGUGAAUACGAUGCACUGUAAAUAAUUCCGAUGUAUUAGUUGGAAAUACUUGAAUAAAUAGUUUACUUAACUGAA